ACGCGGUGGAAAAUGACCCUAAUCGAAUUGUCAGCUAGGGUUAGGGUUUUAGCGCAGUUGAUUUUCGAUUUCCGUCAACGGCAACCGGAAAAACGAUCAAUUAAACCAGAAUACUCACCGGAAAACUUCUGAUCAGGGAUGUCGAAGAAGAACAACUUAUCCCUUAGAAAGAAGCAGCACGAAUUCGAGCUUCGAAGAGAGCAGGAAGAGAAAGAAAAGAAGGCGAAGAAGCUACAAGCUAAGAAGAACAAGAUGAAAGUCGAUGGAAGUGCAAGCAAGAACAAGAACAAGAAGGGCAGCGGUGGAUUUACAGUAGGCAAGAAGAAGUUGAAGACCCGAAUGACGCCAUUGGCAAAAGCUAAAGCUGCUCAAGCAAUGGAAAUUGACAAUUGAGGUCGUGUUCUUGUAGUCGAGUCCCACAGAACUAGUUGACAUUAAUGCCUUUUUGCUGCAUUUAAUAGUAAGAAAAAUGCGUUUAUCGUGUUUUUUUGUUCUAUUUAAAAGUCUAAUUUGUUAUUGUUAUUCUUUCGGUUUAUAUGAAUCAGUAGCGUUGCUUUACGCUUGUAGGGUCAUGCUCGAAUCAAGAACUUGUUUCUCUGACUCGGGUUUGUUGCAAAUGUUAAUGAUUUGUAAUUUUUGAGUUUGGACUUUGAAGCUUUUGGCCCUUCUUUC